AUGUUAGUCUACGGGCUUUACAAUCGCGCAAGGUGGAUUAUAGCAUUCUUCGCCGUGGCGAUCCUCGCCACAACAGCUGCGGAGUUGUAUAUCGUAAUCAAGCUAUCUCCGGCCGUUACACAAAUCAGCAUACCGUUCUUGAAGAUAUCUGCUUGUCAACCGACGCCCGGGACAGCAUCCCACCUCUAUCUUGCCCCUAUUCCGGCUUUGAUCUUUGACAUCCCUGCCUUCCUUUUGGUGCUUCUACGGGGCGUAUCCCACCUCAAGGCCCAAAGGAAUGUUGGCUUCAGAGGAGCAACCCUUAUUCGCUUACUCGUACGGGACUCUAUCCAGUAUUUCCUGAUUAUCGUGGUCGUGUACUCCGGCUCGGUCAUAGCCUUCAUCAAACUACCUGAUAUAGAAACGUUCGCAACGUUUACAUACACUGCCUCUAUCAUCUCGGUUUCAGCCUCGCGGAUGCUGAUCAACCUUAGGAAGCAUUGA